UUUUUGAAACCAAAUCAAACUCAACCCUCAAGUACCUCCUCCAUCUUGAAAACACACACACUGAAACACACAAAAAAGACACAUAGUUUGUUCAAACUUGAUGACUUCUUCACUAGGGGACCUUCUUGCACAGCCAAACAAUGAUGAUUUUGGAAGUAACUGGGGAUUUGAAAGCCAAAAGACCAAAUCUUUUGCUAGUCCUUCACUACCCUUUUCACCUCCACCUGUUUCUCCAUCAUCUUACUUCUCAUUUUUGGAUUCUCCCAUCCAAGUUAACAGCUUUAAUGGGACCAUGAAUGGGCAGAGUUUCAAGGAGGAGAAUCAGAGCUUCUCUGAGUUCUCUUUCCCAACUCAAGCAAGGCCUGCUUCAUCAGCAUCUUCAUCAUUUGUGGCUCCAAAUACAAGCUCAGUGGAUGAAUCCUUGAAAAGGAAACAAGGUGGAUGGAAUUUUGAGGAACCAGCUAAGAAGAAUGAGUUCCUGAUGGAUAACGCGACGGUUAAGCCAGAUUCAGGCACAUUUCAAAGAUUUUCACCAGAAAUGGCAAUGAACCAACCAAAUAUGCAGAGCAAUGCUGCUGCUCUGCAGUCCAAUUCAAUCAAUUAUGCUCAAUCAUCACAGACUAAUAGAGAUCAGAGUAAAUUGGACGAUGGAUACAAUUGGAGAAAAUAUGGACAGAAGCAAGUUAAAGGAAGUGAGAAUCCAAGAAGUUAUUACAAGUGCACAUUUCAGAAUUGUCCUACCAAGAAAAAGGUGGAAACCACUUUCGACGGACACAUAACUGAAAUUGUAUACAAAGGCAAUCACAACCAUCCAAAGCCUCAAUCGACGAAACGAUCAUCUUCACAAUCUUACCAGAAUUCCAUAGGCACAAUGCCAGAAACUUCUCUGCUAGAAAAUGGCCAUUUAGAACCAGUAACCACUCCGGAAAAUUCUUCACUUUCUUUUGGGGAGGAUGACCUCUUUGAACAAGGAUCCAUGAAUAAGCAAGGAGAGGAUGAUGAAAAUGAACCUGAUGCUAAAAGAUGGAAGGGUGAGUAUGAUAAUAAUGAGACAAUGUCAUCUCUCGGGAGCCGAACUGUCCGUGAACCAAGAAUUGUAGUCCAAACAACCAGCGACAUUGAUAUUCUUGAUGAUGGUUAUAGGUGGAGGAAGUAUGGACAGAAGGUUGUUAAAGGCAAUCCAAAUCCUAGGAGCUACUACAAAUGUACACAAGUUGGCUGUCCGGUGAGAAAGCACGUGGAGAGAGCAUCUCAUGAUCUGAGGGCAGUGAUCACAACUUACGAAGGAAAACAUAACCACGACGUUCCUGCACCGCGUGGCAGUGGCAGCUACCCUGCAGUAAAUAGACCAUCUGAUAACACUGCCACCACCAGUGCUCCCACGGCUAUAAGGCCAACAACUAAUUACUUAAACCCUCUUCAGAACACAAGAGCCCAACCAGCAAAUGGUCAAGCACCAUUCACACUAGAAAUGUUGCAACGUCCACGGAGCUACGAGUUCUCAGGGUUUGGAAACUCAGCUAAUACUUACACAAUCAACCAAAAUCAACAGGCCAGUGGACAGUUCUCCACAGCCAAGGACGAGCCCGACGUCGACUCGUUUUUUGACUCAUUUUUAGCCUGAUAACUGCUAAGACUCAGAGCAGGUAAACAACAGAAUCUUCCAUAACUUUGUGUGUCUUUGAUAAUGCUGUGUAGUUUUACAUAAAUCUUAGCUCUUAGGGAAAGUUAGAGCUAUUUGUUCAUUAUUUCUGUAAUGUAGGAACUAAGAAACUGUAAAAUAUUGUACCUUGUUUCAAAUAUGGAGUGAUACAAUAAAUCUGAAAGUUGUGGUCAUAA